AAUCUCCGCUAAAUCGCUAACCCCCACACAAACAUAACGCACCAAUAAUUCAUUUCAAAUCUUCAAAUCAAACCCUCAUUUUUUGCUGUUUAUUAAUCUCAUUCAAAAAAAAUCGUUUAUAAACCUCCUUUAUUUCUCCCUCAAAAAACACCCACACUGCUUUCCUUCUCUCUCCUCAACAUUAAAAUAAAAAUAAAAAUGAAAGCUUCACUAAGAUUCAGAGAAGAGCAAAAACCCCUCUUCAAAGCCAAAAUACCUCUCAACAUCUUAGGCUUACCCUUCCAAUCAUCCCUCUUAGCCGGCGAUUCCAAGGAGCUCUCUCUUGGCCUCGGCACAUUCUUCGACUAUGGCCCAUCGUUUCGCCUAUCAUACCGCCCCAACGAUUCGUUUAAUCCUUUCUCUCUCCUCGUCAAAACCGGAAUCGGCCACUUUGGUUCCCCAAACGACGCCCCAAUGACUAUGACGGCGGAGUUCAAUUUCCUCGGGAAUUCCUCCUCGUCUAACCCUAGAUUUUUCCUCCAUUUUAAGCCUCAAUUCGGUGAUUUCUCGAUCAAGAAAUCGCAAUCCUCGACGUCGAUUUGUCCGGGUCGAUUUGAAUCAAACGGUGCCGCUUUCGAGGGGGAGGUUGAUAAUUCAUUGGAGGUGAUUGAGAAGCCGCUUGAGAUGGGUAACGACGAUUAUUUCUCGGUGGGAAAUGCAGGGAGUAAAAUUACCGCAUUACCCCUGAAAUCAUCAGUGGAGAACGCCGUCUCCGGGAUGGAAUUAGGGGCAAAGACGGUACUCCCAAUCCGAAAGGGCGCCGUUCUGAAACUCCGGUGGGGGGUUAAAUUCCCCGAAGGGCUCCAAGCUUUGAUGAAGAAUCCCACGGCUAAGAUGUCUCCACGUGGAAUCCCGCAACUCGUGCUCAACAAAAUUGGGAUCGAACACGUGGCUAAAGACGAUAGUAAGAAGGUGGACCCUGAUGACGUGGCGCGGAGCGUUUCUGUUGCUAGUAGUGCUGAGCUGGCGGAGACUUGCUUCACUGUGAAGAGGCAGCUUGAAACGCUGCGUUCUGAGAAUGCUCAAUUAGGGAAGUCGUUGGAGGAUUUGAAGGGGGAGUUUGCUAAUAAAGGGUUUAAGAUUAAGGAAGGAGGAGACAGAAAAUUAGCUGAGAUUAAGGAAGGGGAUAAUUAAAAAUUAGAGUUUGAUUAGGAUAAUAAUAUUGGAUCUUUCAGUAGUACGGAGUAUGAGUUUUAUAAUUAUUUAUUUAUUUUCAUUAUACAAUGGUUCGAUAUUUUGGUAUGUAUAGUUUAGUUCGUUUUAUGUUUUUGGUUGAAGGGUAGCAUGUUUUAUGCUCUCAAUUGGCUAUCAAUUUAAUUCGACAAGAAAUCAAUAUUUCAGUUUAUUACA